AGGCCUUAUUAUGGUCACAUGACGGUGUCACCUGACCUAUACUCUCCCAAUGGUCACAUGAUGAUGCCACCUGAUGCCUACCCGCCCAAUGGAUACCUCCCCAGAUCAUCAAAUGACCAGCACCCAGGCACCAACUACCUGCCCAGUGUGUCCUACAGCUUAGACCACCUGGACAGACUGGACUAUCGGGGCCAAGAAAUGUUGCACUACCAGCCUAACUCUGAGAGCUGUCUGAUUGGCUGUUACGGUGCAGAAGAGGUGGACCCGAAAAAUUUUCCCAGACAGUCGGACUAUCGUCAGCCCUGGAGGUCUGAACGUCCUCUUGGCUACCUUCCCCUCAGUGAGCUUGACAGCGGGUUAGGCUGUGGCCCCGACAGCCCACACAACCGGAUACCGCUCUCUGAAGCUGAGACAGAUGCCAUGUCAUCACUGCCUGGCCACACCCCUUCCUCUCAAGGAUCCUCCUCUUCCUCCGAGUCCCUAAUCUCCUCCGAACCCAGCGACUCAGGCUUCCACAGUGUCAGCACUGGGGAGCACAGACGGCUACACAAGAUUCACGGAGGCCACACUCAUCGGCAAGCUCACCAUCUUCGCUCAGGCCACUCCCCUCGUGAGCAGAGAGGACGCUGGGAUUUGGAGUCGAUUCCUGAGACGACUCCGAUGACCCAACCUGGAGUACCACAAGCAUCCCAUUGCUCUGUGGGUAACAGCACGACCACGACAGUUCACUUCCACAGAGCUGAGAGGAGUCCCACUUUACCUCGUCACCGUUCACCACCCUCGCCCUCUAUCGGUUGUCGUACUGAGCCUUGUCAGCGGAGGGCGCUAUGGUUGGAGCAGCAGCAGCACAGAGGAGGCGGGACUGUAGAGGGUCCAGGUAGGAGUCGAACAAUAACAGAUUUGAGUGAAGGACAGCGACGGCGCCGGGCGAGCCAUCCCAACAUGACAGAUCCAAACACAGCCCAGACUAACCAGCCAGACACAACCAGCAAUGCACUGGGGCCCAGGAGCAGGGCCAGCUAUCCCAACAACUGUCACCCUGCUAGUCAUCUGAGCAUAGACAAAACGAGUCUGACCAAUCAUCAGAACACGAUGAGAAACAGCCCGGGCUCGAACCGCAGCCGGGAGGAGGACUCGCUCUCCAAGAGCCCUGGAUCCGGCUCCAGUGGGAUGUCAGACUGGCGUGGCAUUCAGACCCUCGGGAACCGCCCCGGCAGGCCAAAGGGCACGUGCAGUCCUUUCUACAGCACUCUUGGAGCUCCACAACGUAGCCCUCACUCUCCACCCUCACCUCGCUCCAGACUGUCCAAUCAGAGGUCAGUCAGGAAUCAGCUGCUCAGGGCCCGAGCGUACCGUCUGGCCAGGGAACGCAGCGAGGUCACCACAGACGAGGAGGUGCGAGGAGAAGGAGGCAGGCUAGGGGAGGAGGAAGGAGACGAUGGACGGUUGGCGGGGCGAUACUGGAGCCGGACGGAAAGAAGACGCCACCUGGCGCUGUCACGCCAACACCGAGAGAGGAGAGGAGGUGGGGAGGAGCAAACUGGGGUCAUUCAGGGGUCACUGUCAUCUCAGACGGUGCUGGAGCUGAGCCACAUGAAGCAGAACCGACUGAGGAACAGCAAGCUGCUCGAUGAUUGGACGACGGUGGAGGAGCUGUUGACUCACGGGACUCGAGUGGAGAGCGACAGCCAGCUUUGUCCCAGCCCACUGCUGUCGGUCACUACCGUCUGAUGGCAACGCAACACGCCAUCAUUUACUGAUCACUCAGACCCAGAUUCAUUAAAUAUGUGUGUUGCAAACAGCAAACUUCAUGGUCACUCACGCCUCAGUUACACAUCGAAAUUACAUUUUAAACACAUUUGAAAACAAAACUUUGUGUAUUGGGACACAAUUUGCAAGAUUUGCCAACAUAAAUCUCACUGAAUAUCUUUUUAAGUCCUCAUAAAGAGAAAAAUUAAGACAAAAGUUUACACCUUUCAGUAAUCAGUUCUCCAAGGUACGCUGCCAUUCAAAGAAAUAUAUAACUCUGAACGUUAGAUUACAAAUCCAUAUAUCUGGGAUUAAA